AUGCGAACGCGAAGAUUCCAGAAGCCAUCUGAGAACCUCAAUUGGCUUCAAAGCAGCCUUCCUGAGGCGGCUUUCCUUCUUGAAUGUUGUUGGUGCAUCCGCCGACAUCGUGCCGAAAUACACACAACACUGGACGGUCCCGGACGACCCUCAUUGUGGAAUGUGGAAUGGCUGACUGAUACUUUGGGUCGGAUUGCGUUCUAA